GGCAGCACUUGACGUGCCUGAACCCUCUCUUUUCUGCAAUUCAAGGGAAAGACGAGAUCUUGCACAAGGUACCCUGUGUUUGCCCUCCACCAGGGAAGGCAGGCAUGGAGCUUCUCCGGCUGCUUAUCCUGCUCGCCGUCACAGAGCUGUCCGGAGCCCACAACAUGACGGUGUUCCAGGGCAUGGCAGGCCAGUCCCUGCAGGUCUCCUGCCCCUACAACUCCUUGAAGCACUGGGGAAGACGCAAAGCCUGGUGCCGCCAGCUGGAUGAAGGGGGCCCGUGCCAGCGGGUCGUUAGCACCCACCGCUCAUGGAUGCUGUCCUUCCUAACGAGGCGGAAUGGGAGCACGGCCAUUGUGGAUGACGCCCUGGGUGGCACUCUCACCAUCACGCUGCGGAAUCUUCAAGCCCACGAUGCUGGCCUCUACCAGUGCCAGAGUCUGUACGGGGAUGAGGCCGACACCCUCAGGAAGGUCCUGGUGGAGGUGCUGGCUGACCCCCUUGAUCACCUGGACCCUGGAGAUCUCUGGAUCCCCGAAGAGUCCAAAGGCUUCAAGGACAUCCAUGUGGAGCCCAGCAUCUCCAGGAGUCUCUCCAAAGAGGACAUGCCCUUCCCACCCACUUCCAUCCUUCUCCUCCUGGCCUGCAUCUUUCUCAGCAAGUUUCUAGCAGCCAGUGCCCUCUGGGCUGUGGCCUGGCGUGGGCAGAAACUGGCCAGUGAGCCGCACUGUGGCCAUGACCCAGGUUACCAGCUCCAGACCCUAACAGAGCGGAGAGACACAUGAGAGAAGAGGACCCCCGAUGGGACGAGGCC